AUGGCCCCCGGACAGCACCAAAACACCUUCACGGUGGUGCCCAACCCCCUGGGCAUGCAAGGCCUGAUGUCGCGCCCAGCCGGCGCCGGUCUCGCCGCCGCCGCCGCCGCCACCGCAUCCCACAGCCGGCCGCCCAUGACCUCCAAACAGGUGCAAAAAGCCUACCGCGAACGCACCCGCGGCCCGAAGCUGACCAAGGCCGAGCAGCGGCGCAUUGAGCUGGAGGAGCAAGCGCGGAUUCGGAAGGAGUUGGAGAGGGAUAAGCAGUUGAAUCGGGCGAGGGUGUUGAGGGAGAGGAAGAAGGAGAAGGAGGCGAAGGUUUUGGAGGAGAGGAAGAAGAGGGGGUUGCCGCUGGUGAAGGUUAGUGCGAGUCAGGAUACGAUUGCGCGGUUUGUGAGGGGGAAUGGGACGGGGAAGAAGAGGGAGGUGACGGGGGCCAUGAAAGAGGAGGGGGCAGGGGGGAAGGAGAGUGUUGCGCCGGGGGCUGCGCCUGGGGUUUCUCCUGGGGAGGGGGGGAAAAAGAGGGCGCGGUUGGAUACGGUAUCUGAGAAAUCGGAAGAGAUGCAGGGAGAAGAGGGAGGGCAAAGAAAGAGGGUACGGUUGGAUGAAGCGGUGAAAUUUAAGAGCGGGGAGAAAGGACAGGGAAAAUCGGUCGAGAACAAGAAGGAUUCCGUGGAGACGAACUCAAGAUCAACAACCCCCGGGAAGGGUGACGUCGAAUUUGCGGGCCUCGCUCCUCAGGAGCCUGUCGACAAUUCAAUUGCGACACCGAACGGCCCAACGGACGUUUCACUCACCAAGGAAAAAGCGCAAGCGAAGGAGAUGGACGCAACAAUCACGAGCGUACCCAAACCCACACCACUCCAAAGCGCGCCGGUCCCGACCCCACAAGUGAAGCCCAUGGUUCACGAUGUGGCACCAGUACCGGCACCCGCACCGAUACGGCGACCGACCAAAGGCGCUGAACCAGCAGCAGGGAAAAAUCUAGAGAGGGCAAGUACCGCGGACCGGAUACGACUUGACUCGCCUCAGGUAGAAGUGCCGAUCACGAAAACCGGCUCGGCGGUGGCGGUUGACACGGAGGCAAAACGGACGGCUAUAUCAGCCGAACAACUCAAACCUCUGGUGUCUGCCAACCGCCCAACACCCACCAACUCGUUAGCCCCGAAGCCACAGCCUCCAGCUGUCCCACCUGCCUGCCAGGGGACACUCGUUCAAGAAACUCGAAGGCACAACCAGACAACUCCUAAACCGAUCCCUACUUCUGUGCAACGCCGAACAUCCCUGAACCAAGUUCAGACGCCAAAGCCACGUAACGUCGCCCCAGGGCCACAACGGUCGCACAGCGCGUCAUCAGCAGUCCUUCGGGAAAUCACAAACAGGCUGAACCAAACAUGGCCGAUGUCUGCCGGCGCUGGCGUCCAGAAGUCCCGGCCUAACCAGGCUUCACCAAGCAUCUCCCAUCGCCGCACAUCGACAGUCCCUACGGUCAAGCAGCAACGGCCCGAGACCCCAGCAAGAGUGCAGCCGCAGAACGUGCAGAAGCCGCAAAAACCCCCGAAGCCACAGUUUCUUCCCCCUCAUCUUCGUCAGGUGUCCGACAAGCCAGCAACUCCCGCUCCCGCUCCCGCCCAACCGGAGCUUCGAACUCUACAUGACGAUAUCCCAAACGGUCUCCCAACGAGCACCCAGCUCUUCGUCAUGUCUCAUCUCGAUGAGUUAUUCCCGAGUCCGACGCAGGAGGCAAGGGAGUUGGGGAUUGAACGGGUGGCGCCGGCGAAACAGAAACCGCUACAGCCAGGGCCGACGAGCCGAGAGACGCAGCGGGAAACUGUGAAAGGGCCCGUCCAGUCUAGACAACCUCCCCGGCCAGUUGCCCAGGCAAACAGGUCGAUGGCACCACCUCCAAGGCCUCCAGUGAAGCCAGCGAGGCCAACGGCAAUGGGGCCACCACCGAAGGCACCGCCGGUCAAGCCGGCCGCGAGCAGGCAGUUCAAAGCAGCGGUCACGAGUCGCCGGCCUGCACCACCCAAACCCGCCGACGCCCUGGAUGUGCCGUUCAUCGCGACCCAGGACUUGAUGUUCUCCACGCAGGAUCUCCGAGAGCUGGAGGAGCCAACCCCGUCCAAGGGAGCCAGGAAUGCGGGACACAAUCCACCACGAUUUAAACAGCCAUCAACAGGACCGGUAUCAGGACCCGGGACGGUUUCGUCACAGCAUUUGGCAUCCCAGUUUCAGAGAAAGCCUACGUUUGCAAGGAAGCAGGCUGUCAAUCCUGCUGCUCCGACAUCAGGUCGUGCAACUGGGCCGACAUCAGGUCACCACGCUCAUGGGAAGGAGAACAUUCGCCCGCAGCCGCAGCAAAGGCAGCAACAAACAGAACCCCGAGGCCGCAUCGGUCAGGUUAAGCCAGCCCGGCCAGAUACCAAACCUAUGUCUCCUAUCUUGAACCCCAACACGGCCAUACAGCAGGAAAACCAACCCCCACACCAACAACAACAAAGGCCGCAACCCGAACAACCACCCCAAAACACCGCCCCCAAACUUACCCCAACAGUAAACAACCCACCCGCCAAACCCCCUUCACCACCCCCCGAAAAACCGCGCUUCUUCACCUCCAGCGGCCUAGGCGUCGACACCCUACUAGCCAUGGGCCGCAGCCGCAGGACCCACGAGGAAGAGCAAAAGAGACGGCAGGGACGCGGGCUAUCAGGUGGGCUAUCAGGUGGGCUAUCAGGUGGGCUAUCAGGUGGGCUAUCAGGCGGGGUUAAUCGUGACAAUACCAACGGCAGCCACAACAGUAGCAACACCCGCAGCAGUAGCAACAGCGGCGACCGCAGCAACAACAGUGUUAACAAUGCCAGGAGUAGCAAUACACAUGGGGCGACCAACCAGGGGACUAACCGAGCGGCCCAGGGAGCGGCCGGCCGAACGACCAACCAUACGGCAGACCAUACGGUAGACCAAACGCUCAGCUGGGCCGGGAAACAGGCCGCCAGCCUGCAGAUGGCGUCGCAGGAGACGGACUAUGGCGAUUUGGAGCUGGAUGCGAUGGACUUUGAUAGCCUUGUUGGGAUUGGGGUUGGGAGGUGA